AUGGCUAUUGAUUACUUAAAUGUGGUUAAUGAGCUCGUACUAUAUACUAGUGGCGUUCUUCAAUCGAUAUUUGGAUUUUCUGAAGCGCGAUGCGGUGAAAUUAAGGUACACCUUUUGGACAAAUUCUCUAAUGAGCUCGAACUGUUCCUAGUGGGUGGUGAAAUGAAGAGUUACAAUACGUUAUUUGUUACUGUUCUGGAGAACCAGGAUGUCACCCUCCAAGUGGACAUUGCAAAUUUGAAUCAAGAAUGUGCCAAAUUUGUCAUAUUGAAGAAUAAAGAAGUUAUCGAUUAUGGUAAUAAACCGUUGCAGGAUCAGUUAAGUGUUUUGACACUACCUAGCCAUAUAGAUACAGACUCCUUAGUUUCUAUCAUGAAUAAUGGGGUUUAUCCUACCUUUAGUGCUCUCAUAGAUUCUAAUGCACUUGCCUGCACGGCUGAAUCGGUGCGAAUCACAAGGGCUAAAUUUAAAGAUCUCACAACUUCAUUCACAACUUUGAAAAAUUCUAUACCUAUACCUGAACUUAUUAUCCAUCCCGAAAUUAAACAGAUUGUGGAAAACGAUACAGAUAUAGAUUCAUUACUUCUGGAGGAUUUAAAUUUUCUAAACGUUUUACAAAGUAUGGCAAACCAAUGGCAUAGGAUUACAAGAAAUCUAGUAUCCUUGCAAAGGAAUCCUGAUGAAGGAGCAGCUAUAGAUGAAAUUAAAUUUUGGUCCAAUUUCGAAAGUUGUUUAUCAGGUACAUUGGCACAGUUACUCGAUAAACCAGUACAGAAAUCCCUGGAGGUUUUAGCUAUUACCAAGAGAUCCAGAGGCUCAUCUGCAUUUAUAGCUGAUACUGGUAUCGAGGAAAAGCUCCGAGAGGUAAAAGGUAAUAAUCAAUACGUAUCAAGCAUACCUUUACCAGAAUUACAUUCAACAACAAAACUUUUUGAAUUGCAAGAGUCCAUCAAAAAAAUAGCACUAUCUUUCAAAAAAUUUAGAUCAUCAGAUUAUCCCAUAGAUAGAUUUAUCAUUUUUUUACAAAAAGUCUCCAAAGAUGUGGGGAAUAAAAUUUUGGAACUAAUACCGAAUGUUUUUGAAAUACCCUAUGAAAAGUUCCAACAAUUAACUAAUGAAAUAAAUGAUGUGAUUGACACUUGGGAUCAUGUAUUGAGUGACAAUAAUAUGCAGAUUAGAGAGGUGAUACGAAGGAAAAAAAUAGAGAACGUUUCAUUCAUGAGUCUGGAUUCAUCCAUGAACCAACUGAGAGAUAUUCUUUCAAAAAUCAUAUGCUUUCGUCUGCAACAUAACAAAUUCAAAAAUACUUUAGAGAAUAUUGGCUAUGAGGAAAGUGCAUACGAUGAAGAAUUCGUCUAUGAGCCACUCAAAGUUUUUCAAAUAAAUUCGGAAUUCCAUGAUGAAUGGAGGAAGGUAAAAUCGGCAUAUAAUCAAAGGCUGUCAUCCUUGGAGAAUCGGCUUAUUGAAAUUUGCGAAGAGAAGCUCAACCAUUCACAAAAUCUGAAGGAAAAACUUACUGUUUUCCUAAACUUUAAGCCAUUGAUGGAAUACUACCCCAAACUCCGAAGCAUGAUGGUUAACCAUCAGCAGAUUCUAAUAAAUCUGAUCAAUGAAGAGGUAGCAUUGAUAGACGAAAAAUUGAAUUGGCGUGCAAAUUUUGAACAAGUCCUACAGUUGAGAGAUUUACCCCCUGUUGCCUCCGUCGCAACACUGAGUAGAAUAACGGAAAACCAUCUGCAAGCUUUAAGUCAACAAAUAGAAAUCCUAAUAGGACCUUCUUGGAAAGAUACACCUGAAGGUGAUUCAUUUUUGAAUAAGUUCGAUACUAUUCUAUCAAAAUUCAAUGCUGAUAAUGUCUCAUCAGAAUAUCUGAAUAAUAUCCUUAGAAACAAAACUGCCGCUCUUGACGUUCCCAUUUUAAAAGUUCUUUAUAAUGGGGAAAAAUAUGAGCUUUUUGUGAACUUUGACUUUUCUCUGGGAACAAUCUUUAAAGAGAUUAGAAAUUUGAUAUACAUGGGCUACGAUAUUCCGAAUGAUAUUUCCAAAAUUGCAAGAAAAUACAGAGCUUUUUAUCCCUCUGCUGUCCUAUUGUUAGAACAAAUCCAAACGUUUAUGUCUGUGAUGAGAGAAUUACCCAAGCGUCCCCAUACGGGUAUUAUACUAAAGUCACAGAUAGAUAGCAUAUGGACUUUGCUACUGGAGGCUAUGAAUACUUCGUGGAUCUCGAUGCCAAAAGAUAUUACUGAAGGCCUAAAAAAUGACACUUUUUCGAGUAUCAUAGAAAAACGUCUAGCAAAAGUACUCGAGGAUUUUGCAAAGUUACAAAGGAUAGAAGAACGUUUAGUAUAUUUGUUUGAAAGAUUGAAGAAAAGCCAAUUCGAAGCUUCAACUAUAAAUGGCCUAAUAACAGAUUUUCAAGUGCUAAUAAAUGAGAUGCCAUUGUUAGGCUUUGAUCAAGAUUAUGUGUUCACCACUUCAUUAAACAGGUCCUUGAAACUGAUGCUUUUAGAAAAGAUGAAGUCUUUUUUCAGGAAUUUGAUAUUUAAAAAUCGUACAGUCCUAGUCAGGUUUGAAGAAAAUUCCGUCAUCUUUACACCCGAUUCGGAAGAACUCAAAUUCUUAUGGCUAAAAGAAAUUGACGAGCUGGUGAUUUCCUUUAUAGAUCUACCUCAACUUACGACUUCUAACGCUCCAAGAAGAAACGGUAUCCUAAAAAAGGCUUUGCGCAAACAGUUUGCAGCCGCCUAUCAGCAAAUAAAUCACCUGCACCAACAAUUUCUAAAUUAUACUACUUCUUGGAAAGAAAGCCAAAGAUUGUGGAAAUUAGAAGAAAGUGCGGUAGAAAGAUUCGUUGGUUCCGAUUUAAACCAAUGCCUACAAUCGUUGGCUGACCUGCUUCAUCAGCGCCCAUCAUUAAGUACUUUUCGACCACAGAAUUGUUUUAAUGGCCUUCUUGACUUCAAGUAUGAUGAGGCAUUCUCAAAAGUUCUGACGAAAUACAAUUUUUGGGUCAGUUACUUGUGCAACCAGCUAUUAUCUUUGUAUUUGAAAGAAUCCACGAAGUUUGCUGAAGAGUUAAGGUCUCAGCGGGAACAUCUUGAACAAAAUGCCCUUGAUGUCUCAUCAUUAAGAAACAUGUCUCAACUGGUAAGGGAGAUAGAUGCCGUGAAGGAACGACUUCGUGAUAGAGAAGAACUUUUGAACAGCCUUAAGAAGAGUCAUAAUUUGUUCUACGUACUUCACGCAGAACUACCACCCGAAUUUCUAUUUAUUGAACAAUUAGAGGCUGACCUUAGAGCAUUAUGUGAAUGUUCUACCAAAAAAGAGGCAAUUUUGAGUAAGAAUAGAGACAUUAUCGUUAGGAAGCUCGAAUUCGAAGCUCAGCGGGUAGAAAACUUACAGGCUGCUGUCUUGAAUUCCUGGUCAAAAGAGAAGCCGGUAGCAGUAGAGUGGACUCCAAUAGAUGCUCUUUCAAGUAUAAUGGUUUUUGAAGACUCAUACAAUGCAUUGAAGUCUGAUGUUCAGCUUAUUUCUGAUUCUGCAAAAAUCAUGCUAGUACCAAUCAUAAUAAAGGAUCGUUUAGAAACUUUUUACGAAGAACUUGUGGCACUAAAGAAAGUCUGGAUGGACUUAGAAGUUUUUUGGAAUGAUACACACAAGUUGCUUCGAAUGCCAUGGGAGGAAAUCGAAGUUCAUACACACAUUGAGAAUUUUAAACUCAUCCAAAGUUCUAUGAAAAACGUACCGUUUAAAACAAAACAAUAUACCGUUUUUGAUAAUUUACUCUCAACUAUAGACGAAGUUUUAGGAACAGAAGAGAUACUAAGAAUAUUAAAAGAUCCGUCUUUGAAAAUAAGACAUUGGAUGUAUCUCUUUAAGAAAGCUGGGAGAGGAAAUCUUGAAAAUUCCUCAACAUUUUCUUUCGAAUCUGUAUUAUCCAUUGGUUUGAAAUCGCAUGAGACACUUAUCAAGGAAUUAUUUCAAAGAGCACAGAAGGAAUAUGUUCUGGAGAAAUCUCUGGCGAGGAUGAGAUCAUUUUGGACAAGCGCUCAAUAUAGGACUUUUAAUCAUUCAAGCGGGUUGAAGCUUGUUGGGGAAUGGAAUUCCCUCAUACAAGCUUGUACAGAAGACUUGGAGGAACUACAAUCUAUGAAGAAUUCAAUUCACUAUAAAUACUUUGAGACUGAAUGUCUCGACCUGGAAGAAAAACUAACUGUUCUUUCAAAUUUACUAACAGAAUGGAUGGAAGUACAAUUUUUUUGGAUUGAUUUAUUCGGCGUCAUAGGAAAGAACAAAGAAAUGCAGAAUCUUCUCUCACUUGAGAGCUCAAAAUUUCAAGGACUAACCGCUGACUUCAAGUCACUUCUUACAAGGAUCUUUUCCCUCAACAACGCCAUUGAUGCAGUUCAUGUUCCAGAGGCUAUGAUCAUACUUAAAAGAAUCCUAGAAUCACUCAAAAUGAUUAAAAGUUCAUUGAAUGACUUUUUGGAACAGCAGAGAAAACUUUUCCCCAAGUUUUAUUUCUUGGGAAAUGACGAUCUUCUUAAAUUCAUUGGCGCAGGAGAAGAUUUGGGAAAAUUGGUUGGAUUUAUGCCCAAAAUGUACGGUACUAUCGCUGGUUUCGAUUUUAAAGGUACCAUUAUCGAAGGCAUCUAUUCUUCAGAAGGGGAGCACGUCCAACUAAUCCGCAAAAUAAAUGUUUCGUCGAUUAGAUGUGAUGAAUGGCUGUCAAAAUUAGAUAACGAAAUGAAAUUGACUAUAGCCGAAAGCGUCUCAACAUGUUUGUCUUCUUUGAAAAAUGGCGUUCAAUUCAGCGAGCUUCUCGAUUCAUACAUCUUUCAAACACUAUUACUUUCCUGGCAAAUUUUUUGGACUGGAGCCAUUAAUGAAUCCUUCAAUAAGGCUAAUUUCCCGCAAGUGAUAACUUCUAUAGAAAGAGAAACAGCAGAGCUUAUAGCUGAAUUAGAACGUCGCUCUAAGCCCAUAGAAAAAAAAAAGCUAAGAUCUCUCCUAAUAGAAUGCCUCCAUUUUAUGGAUGUAACUCACAGGUUAAACAAAACUAGUCUCCAAAAAGCAAGACUAAUAUGGUUUAACACGCAAAAAUUCUUUUACGACCAUAAUCGAGAUCCACUAGAGAGGAUUUCUAUAUCUUUAGCCGACAGAGUAGACUUAUACGGAUUUGCUUACAUUGGGAUUCCCGAGCGACUAGUGUAUACCCCAACGCUGCAGAAAGGUUACAUUGCGUUAUCUGAGGCCUUACACCAGAAAUACGGCGGUUGUUUCUUUGGUCCCGCAGGAACAGGUAAAACAGAGACCGUCAAAUCUCUCGGUCAAAACCUUGGGAGAAUAGUAGUAGUUUUCAAUUGUGACGAUUCCUACGACUUCCAAUCGAUGGCAAGGCUGAUGAUGGGUAUUUCUCAAGUAGGUGCUUGGGGUUGUUUUGAUGAAUUCAACAGACUGGAUGAAAAUAUUAUGAGCGCCGUAUCAAGUCAAGUCGAAGUUGUUCAGAAUGCAUUGGCUACGGGUAAAAAAGAAAUCGACUUAAUGGGCACUAGUGCUACUCUCAACCACACAACCGCGCUAUUCAUCACUUUAAAUCCGGAUUACGCUGGAAGAUCAAGACUCCCCGAGAAUCUCAAGAAAAAAUUCCGAGAAUUCUCCAUCAAGAAGUCCGAUAAUGAUGUAAUCGCAGGUGUUAUACUUGAAAUAUUGGGAUUUCAAAAAUCGAAGGAAUUGUCAAAGAAAGUUGUGAAAUUAUUCAAUACUUUGACAGAAAGGUGUAGCAUCCAGAAGCACUACGAUUUUGGUUUGAGGACUUUGAAAAAGACACUCAAAAAUUGUUUUGACCUAUUUAAUAGUUCGGCUGAAAACAAUGAAGAGCUCAUAUUGGUAAGAAGCUUGUGCCAGGUCAUAUUGCCCACUUUAGUUAAGUCUGAUGAAGAAAAAUUCCUAAAUUGCAUCCAAGAAGUAUUCUCAUGUGGAAGAGUAACGGAACGAAAUGAAAAUUUCAUUGAAAUCUUUUCACAUACUUGUAAAGAACAAAAUAUUAGUACCACAGAAGAAUUCAUUAAAAAAUGUCUUCAGAUUUACAAUUUACAGAAAAAUCAGCAAGCAUUGAUUAUUGCUGGAGAAGCAGGAUUUGGUAAGACAACUACUUUGAAAACGGUUCUGAAAAUUGUUAAGGUAUUGGAAAAUUUGGAAAAUAUUGUCCAUACCAUUGACACCAAAACCCUCAGCAAAGAAGAAAUAUAUGGAUCAAUUAAUCGAGCUACGUUAGAAUGGCAAGAUGGUAUUUUCACGUCCAUAAUUCGUCAAGUUUUGAAUCAGAAUUCUCAAGUGGAGAAUAAGAUCAAAUUUUGGGUAAUAUUCGAUAGCGACAUGGAUCCAGAAUAUGCAGAAACUUUGAACAGUGCUCUUGAUGACAACAAAUUAAUAACUUUGCCAACUGGGGAGAGACUCGAAAUUCCUACUAAUCUGCGCAUUGUCUUUGAAACCCAUAACUUAGAACAGGCUACACCAGCUACUAUAACCAGAUGUGCACUGGUUUUAUUUACGGAACGUGUGUGCUCAUCAUUUGGAAACCUUAAAUGUCUUCUAGAAAGCUCAUUUGAUAACCUAGAAGCACAAUCAAAAGUCAAUCCUUCCCUACUAAAUAGAUAUCGCACAUUACUACGUGAGAUUUUCUCAGAAAAGAACGUGAAUCAUCUUAUUUCGCAGGCCGGUAAGAUUGAACAUAUUUUGGGAUAUGAUCAUUCUAGGAUUUUUACAACUAUAUCCAAACUAAUUAGCCACGAUCUUCAGAAAUAUCGCUCUGGCUUGCUGAAUGCAUCCGAUCUGGCUUUCGAAAAGUUCUUUUAUGCUAGGAUCCAUCAAAUUAUCAAAGUUUCUUUCAUCGGAGACACUAACUUAAAGGAUCAUUCUAAUUUCAUUGAUUCUAUCAGGGAUUUAUCGAAAUGCAUCAACAACUUGAAUAUGGACUCUGAAAGCACUGAAUUCGUCCCAGAAACUCUGGAACCGAUCGAUCUUCUUUCUUCUGUCCCACAGCUUUCUCUUGAUGCAAAAGAUGUUAUGAAACCGAAUGUGAUUAUUCCAACUAUCGAUACCAUUAAGCAAGAGCUUUGCGUGUUUGAAUUGUUAAAUGCACGUAGAUCUGUCAUCUUGUGCGGUCCUCCAGGGUCUGGUAAGACAAUGAUUCUGAACAAUGCCCUACAGAGAAGUUUAAAUUUCCAAGUAGUAGGCUUAAACUUCUCAAAAGAUACAGAUAUUUCUCACAUAUUAAAGACACUAAAUCGCCAUACCUACUACACUUCAGGAUCUCGUGGUUUAGUUCUACUUCCCAAAAAUCCAACAAAAGACAUCGUCUUAUUCUGCGACGAAAUAAAUUUACCUAAGUUAGAUGCUUAUGGUUCCCAAAGUACAAUUUUAUUUUUAAGAGAACUAAUCGAGAAAAAUGGAUUUUGGAAAACUAAUGAAAAUAAAUGGGUCACCAUGGAGCGGAUUCACGUCGUGGGUGCUUGUAAUCCAUCAACGGAUCCGGGAAGAAUAUUUAUGACACAAAGGUUCACGAGACAUGUUACUGUUUUACAAAUAUCCUACCCAUCAAUACCAUCGCUCAAACAUAUUUACCGAGUAUUCUAUGACGGUAUUUUGCAACUGACCCCUCCAUUCAAAAGAUAUUCAGAGGGUUUCGCUGAGGGUUCCAUCAGGUUAUAUGAGAAAUGCAAGUAUAACUUCAGCGGCAAUUCCCAAACUCAUUACCUCAUUUCACCCAGAGAGCUUACUAGAUGGAUGAGAGGAUUUUACAUCAGUGUCGCCAAUAGUUUUAAACCCACCUUAGAAUCUUUAUUAUUGAUGUGGGCUUACGAAGCUUGGAGAAUAUUCGCCGAUAAGUUGAUAUAUCAGUCAGAAAAAGAUGUAUUCGAAAAAAUCCUUCACGACACGAUACAUGAAUUUUUCCCAGGUAAGGUCUCUGUGGACCUAAACACAUCCUCAUUGCUAUUUUCUUACUGGUUGUCCCUGGAUUAUAGAGAGGUGACCAAGAAAGAGCUACAAGACUUUGUUGAGCAACGUUUCCAGACAUUCUGUGAGGAAGAAGUCGACACAUCAUUUAUUAUAUAUGACGAUAUGCUUGCCCAUCUUCUCCGAAUAGACAGAGUAUUGAGACAAGUACAAGGUCAUGCUAUGUUGAUUGGCCCAUGCCGGACGGGUAAGACAACAAUGACUAGGUUUGUUGCUUGGCUCAAUGGUGUAGAGAUCGUUCAACCUAAUAUUCACAGAGGUUUCAACAUUUUUGAUUUUGACGAAUUUCUGAGAGGUGUAUUACUGCGAUGCAGUAUUGAUGACAAGAGGUUAUGUCUACUAAUUGAUGAAACAGAUAUUUUGGAACCAUCCUUUUUAGAAAGAAUGAAUACGCUGUUGGCAAACUCAGAUGUACCAGAUUUAUUCCAGAACGAAGAUUAUGAGACUUUAAUGACAUCGUUGAAGAAUCGAAUUUUUUCCUUGGGCCUGUUAAUGGACACUGAGCAAGAAAUGUACCAAUGGUUCAUUCAACAAAUAUCAAAGAAUUUACAUGUUAUAUUCAUUAUGAGGGAUCCAUACAAUGGAAAUGUUCCAAGUAUGGCGACAUCACCAGCUUUGUUUAACAGAUGUGCCAUAAACUGGAUGGGUGAUUGGUCGAAUGACAUUAUGUACCAGAUAGCAGAUGUUAUUAUUCGCCCAUUGCCGCUGGACACGAUCUCACGAAACAAAGCAUCUUCAAACAAUGAAAUGCAACUGCUGCUAAGCGGCAAAAGUUCUCAUGAUGUCUUAAUAGAUCUUUUCUUAGAUUUUCACGGGAAAUGUUUUCAAAACAAACCGAAUAGCAGUCGAUCUCCUGGACCAUUUUUGGAUGCACUAAAAAGUUUCGAGUGCUCUUUUGAGCGUCAAUACCAAGAGCUUGAUGACAAACAAAGAUUUGUGAGGAUCGGGUUAGAUAAACUCGAUGAAUCAGUUCUGAAAGUAAAAGACAUGAAUAAACUUUUGCUCGAAAAACAAGAAGAAUUGAAAGAUAAGGAGGGUGAAGCUAGAAAAACCUUAGAUAAGAUGCUAUAUGAACAAAAUGAGGCCGAAAGAAAACAAGAGGCAGUCGUUGAAAUUAAGAAAAUACUUGCAACACGACAAGAAGAAAGUAAUAUACGAAGAAAACGAGUUAUGGCGGAACUAGAGGCUUUUGCACCGAUUAUGAAUGAAGCUCAGCGUGGUGUAAAAAAUAUUAAAAAGCAACAACUUACUGAAAUUAGGUCAAUGAUAAAUCCUCCCUCAGCAGUCAAAAUUACCAUGGAAGCUGUAUGUGCAAUUUUGGGACAUAGAAAGUCAUCUUGGCGCGAAAUUCAAAACUUCAUCCGUAAGGAUGAAUUCAUUUUUGAUAUUGUACACUUUGAUACUGAAACAAUGUUUCCACCAGAAAUAAAAUCUUUCGUUGAAGCUGAAUACUUUUCGAAUCCUAAUUUCACUUAUGAAGUGGUAAACAGGGCAAGUAAAGCAUGUGGUCCACUCUACCAAUGGGUAUUUGCCCAGCUCAAAUAUGGAGAAAUUUUAAGCAAAGCAGAACCAUUGAAAAAAGAAGCCCAGAGUGUUGAGAACGAGGCCUUGAAAUCGAAAGCUAAGCUAUUAGCUGCACAGGAUAUGAUUAAUGAGUUACAAGAAAGCAUCGAAACCUCAAAAGAAAACUACAGUAUUAUUAUCCGUGACAUUGAGAUGAUAAAAGCUAAAAUGCGUGAUGUUCAGAAUAAACUCGAGCGUUCCAAAACUUUGAUUUCUAACCUGACCUCCGAAAAGGAGAGAUGGACUCGAAGCACGAAUUCUUUCAAAAAAGCUAGUCAGGAACUUACUGGUAACUGCCUAAUAUCAGCACUUUAUUCAAACUAUUGUGGGGGCUUGGUAGAAAAACAGAGAAAGCAGUUAUUCGAAGACAUGAAAUCUACAUUGUUUGAACAUGCCAUUGAUUUUGAUCCUAAUUACCAGUUUGUCACACAUAAUGUUGAGAUUGAAAGAAGAUUUGAAUGGACUGCGCUAGGAUUACCAAAUGAAGAAUUUUUCCUAGAAAAUUUCAGUAUGGUAAUUACAUCCACUAAUGUUCCAUACAUUUUAGACCCAAGUUCUCAAAUGAUACCCAUUCUUUCGAGAUUUUACACUAAGAGAUUUACUCUCACAAGUUUUCUGGAAACAGGGUUUGUGAAAAAACUGGAAAACGCGAUAAGAUUUGGUGGUGUAAUAUUGAUUCAAGAUGCUGAGUAUUUCGAUCCAAUUAUCAGUAAGUUAAUUGCUCGAGAAUAUCGAGCAUCUGGAGGACGUCAAACAGUUCAAGUAGGUGAACACGAGAUUGAUAUCGCAUCUGAAUUCCGGCUGCUCUUAUAUUCUAGCGAUGCUGAUGCAGUUAUACCAAACUUUGUGGAGUCUCGUGUGCGUCUAAUCAAUUUCUCGAUGAAUAAAGGUAGCGUUGAUAUGAAGGCCAUCAGAGUAGCACUUUCGAAGGAAGUUCCUGAAAUUGACAGAGAAAGGAAUGAAUUGAUGAAAUUAAAUGGUGAGUACAAAAUUAUGCUGAAAUCAUUAGAAUCUAAACUUCUGGAGGAACUAAACGACUCUCAAGGAAAUAUCCUGGAGAACGAUGAGCUUAUUCAUACACUAGAGAAGCUCAAACAGGAAUCUUUCGAAAUUGAAAAGAAAUUAGAGGAAACAGAAGAUUUCAUGAAAAAAGCAAACGAAUAUUCUCACAUGUAUGCUCCCUUGGGGUACCAUGCAUCUACACUAUACUCAAUUUUGGAAUAUGUUUCACAAUUGCACUGGUUUUAUGAUAUCUCAAUGUGGCAGUUCAUGGAGUGUUAUGAGAGCAUUUUUACAACUGCUAAAUCUAACGAUGGUAAUAGGAUUUCUAGUCUCGUUUGGAAUCUUUACCAGGAAGUUUAUUCCACAUUUUCUCAAUACUUGAUGAAGAAACACAGGGCAGCUUUCGCAGUAGUGAUGUACCUAACGUACUGUUUCGCGCAUAACGACAGAAAAUUCCAAGAGAAGAGUCUUUCAAUUCUCAAGUGCAUUGCAAUUUCACAGCAACUGCAGGAUGUCGAUGUUAUUAAAGAUGACUGCCCAGAAUCACUUUUUGAAAUCGUUCAAAUGAUGCAGAAUAAAUCUACCAAAACAGUGCUGCAGGAAUUUCAAAAACAUUUCCAGGAACAAUUCUCCCUAGAUAAAUUUUUAAGCCAUAAAUCUGGUAGAUUUGUGCUGAUGGCUAGUGAAAUGGACGUCGAUGCGAGCUUCAAAGUUUCCCAGUUGGCCGACGUUCAGCGUGAAAACCUUUCUGUUAUUGCCCUUGGGUCAUCAGAAAGUAGUAAUUAUGCAGAGCAGGAGAUCACUCGUUGUAACCAUGAAGGGGGCUGGAUCCUCUUGCAGAACCUGCAGAUGUCAUUAACGUGGACCAAAUCCGUGUUAACCAAAAAAUUAGAACAAACUACGGAAAAUGUCAAAGUAUUCAUGACAUGUAAUCUUUUGGGCCAAGACUUACCAUCUCCUCUUUUGCAACAGAGUUACAGGUCGGUUCACGAUGGAUCUCCCGGUAUACUUGGCACGGUGAGAGAUCUGUAUUUUGACAACGCCGUAUCCGAUUGUCAGUGGAAACUGCCACUUUGCUGGUUCCACUCGAUUCUUUUGAAUCGGUCGCUACUGGCGCCUAUAGGAUUUACUAAAAGAUACGAUUUCAACGACCGUGAUUUUGCCUGUGCUCUACAGUUUUUGGCAGAUCUACCAGUCGAUCACGAUGCUAGAAGUAAGAUAUGCUCCGUUUUAGGAUCUAUUGUCUAUGGAGGUAAAGUUGAUCAAGAUGAUGAUCAACUGAUAGUCCAAAGUAUAUGUAACCAGAUAUUCCAGGACUCUCCAAUUACAGAAAAUAGAAACCAGACUUUGAGCUCAAAGAUCAUCAAUGGUAUUCUGCCGGACUCUCAUGAUAAUGACAUCCUGUCGACAUUUCUGAUGGAGUUACAAGAACCGGUGGAUUCAUACUCUGUCUGGCUAGGUUUACCUAAUCAUGCUAUAAGAGAAUAUGAAUCUCUACAGGCUCAAGAGGUCGCCUCACAGGCACUAUCGAUUUUAGUCAAUCAUCAUCAUUAA